CCUUUCUUCUCUCUCUUGCGUUCCCCUCUUGCCUCUUUGGUUGGGGGAUAAGAGAGAGGGUUUUCGUUCUGAUGCUCAGAAAAAGAGAAGUCUCUUCUUCUUAAACCUUCCCCGUCGGGAGGAGAGAGAAGAAGAUACUUACUUUUGAAGAGAGUAAGCGUUGAGCUAUAGAUAUAUACAUAUAUUUAAAGAGAUAUAUCUUUUGGAUUCGCCAUGGAUUUAACUCUACCAACCACCAAUGAUGGCGUGGUCGCUCCGAAUGAAAAGGAGCCCUUCGCGUCACUGGUCGAUCCCUUCUUGGUUGAGGCUCUUCAAAACCCUCGUCAUCGUGUCACCAUUCUGCGGAUGGAACUCGAUAUUCAGAAGUUUCUGCGAAAUUCUGAUCAGCAGCAGUUUGAGUUCCAACAUUUCCCUACAUCCUACCUUCGCCUUGCAGCACACCGUGUUGCUCAACACUAUGGCCUGCAGACUGUGGUUCAGGAUAACAUCUUAGACGGUCUGGGAGCUAGAAUCAUGGCAAGGAAAAUGGUAGAAAGCAGAUACCCUGCUGUCUGUUUAUCAGAAAUACCAGCUAAACAGUCUGAAAAUGACAAACAUGAGCAGAUUAAAAUUGUCAUUAAGCCAAGGCCUAAUAAAGCUUUUUUGAAUGGAGCCAGUGAACUGGGGAGCAAGCGUAGUCCUGUUAGAACUGUGGAAGAGAGGAAGGAGGAGUAUGAUAGGGCAAGAGCUCGCAUUUUCAGUGGCCCUAGUAGUCCAGAGUCUGAACAUACAUUUUCUCAAUCACCUCUAGAUGUGAAGAAUUUGUGUUUGGGCAGAGAAGAGCAUGAAGGUUGCAGGAACUCCAUUGUUGAUCCCGAGAAAGCCUUCUGCAUUAGGGACAUUGGUUCUUCUUCCCGAGUUGCUAUUUUUAGAGAUAGGGAGAAGGAUCGCACAGACCCAGAUUACGAUCGGAAUUAUGAAAGGUAUGUCAAGAGUAUUCCAGCUAAUCAAAACUCUAGCUUGAUGAACAUGCAGAAGUUUCAGCCUCCAUUUGUGCAGUAUGAUACCAUAGUUCCUAAAUUUGGUCAGAUGCCAAGGUCCCAGGCUUCCAUCAAUUUCAGAACCCCUGCUAUGAGCCCUUUUUGCACCACAGGGUUGAAUCAAACUGCUGGAGAUGCUGUCUACAUGCAGUGGCCAACUCCUGCCAUGAUGUAUGCACAGUCAUAUGAUCAAUUUAGGCAUGCUGUUUUUCAGGCCCCUUACUGUCAGCAGCCUCUGAGCUUCAAUUAUUCACAAAACCACUGACAAUCUGAUGGGAAAUGUCUGUACAACAGAAAUUAUUAAAUGCAGUUUGCCCUUUUCAUUUAGGUUUGCUCUUAUUAGGUUAUUUGUCAAAGACAGGCUUGUUAUAAUCACCAUCCUCAGUUUCUUUUUAUUUUCGUUUUGGUGUCUUGACGUUAGGGAUGGGGUAUGGAUGCUGCUACUGAUCUAAAUAUUUUAUUUAUUUGUAGUGGAAUACAUGCAUAUUUGCCAUACACAAUUCUUCUAUAAAUAUUUUUAGGGUAAAUGCAUAUUUGGAACCAAAA